AUGUCAGCCUCCAAUCUCAAUCAAGAAGUCCUCUCCAUAUGGGAAAAGAACGCCGAAUUCUGGGACUCUGGCAUCGGCAAAGAAGGCAACAUAUACUGGAAACGGCUCCAAAAGCCAUCUCUCGAGCGCCUCCUUGGCCCGGCCCUCGGCAAGAGGGAUUGCGCCGCCUUGGAGCUGGCCACGGGCAACGGUCUCUGCGCCCGCUGGCUCGCUGACAACGGCGCCUCCAGCAUCAUUGCCACGGACGGCACUUUUGGCAUGCUCGAGCUGGCAAAGAGACACUUGGAUAGCCAUCAGGCGGGCAAAAUUUCGUUUCGCAAGUUAGAUGUUACGGAAGAAGGGGAUUUCGCGCCUCUAGUUGAGAAGGCGGCCGAGAUUGGCGGCUUCGACAUUGUCCUCAUGAACAUGGCCCUCAUGGAUGUGGCCACAUUCGAUCCCCUUGCCGAAGCGCUUCCGAAGCUCCUCAAGGAAGAUGGCGUCUUCGUGGCGACUCUUCUUCACCCAGUCUUCAUGACCUCCACCUAUUCCCGCACCGUCGAGGUGACAUAUGACCCCCAAACGGGCUCCCAGAUCAUCAACCGCAGCAAAUCAAUCAGCGAAUAUCUCCACGUGAAGCCUGUCAAGGGCGUGUUUGCUGUGGGACAAGAGACACCCCAGCUUUACUUCCACCGCCCUCUGCAUGAGCUCCUGGGCACGUUCUUCAAGAGAGGCUUGACUUUGGAUGCUCUCGAGGAGCCCGGUUUCACGAAGGGGGAUGCUGUUCCAGAGAGGGCGUAUGCCACGGCCAACUUUCCGCAGCUGCCACCCAUUUUGUCCUUUCGCUUUAGGAGAGCCCACUAG